AUGGCGUUAAAAUUACGACCUGCAGCGUUGUCUGACGUCGAACAACUAACCGACGUUUUCUUCUCCGGCUUCAAAAACGAUGCUGUGAUGGCACUCUGCUUUCCUGAGAAGCCAGCGGUUCGCAGAUUCUGGAUCGAGGGGCUUAAGGAAGCGCUCAGUGACUCGGAUAUUCACCUCGUCGCUGUAGUUGCUACCGAGCUCCCUGGCGAGCCAGUCAUCGCCUUUGCAAACUGGGUCAGCCCGAACAACAAGCCCAAUUCGACACGACCACUGUAUCCUGAUUCAGGAGACAACAAAGAACUGGCCGCGUUUUAUUUCCCAUACUUGCAAGCGCAAAGGACAAAGAACAUGGCGGGACGAAACUGUUGGUACCUGGCUGCUCUUGUCUGUCAUGAAGACUACCAGGGCAAGGGAGCUGGCGGUUUAUUGCUGCGAUAUGGCCUAAAUCGCGCGGAUGAAAUGGCUGCGGAUGUUUAUCUGGAAGCUAGUCCCCCCGGUGUGCCAAUAUAUAAGCGCUUUGGCUUCAAGGAGAUUGACAGGGUUGUUGUGCUGGAUGGGCAAUUUACAGAGCUAUUGAUGUUGCGAGAAUCCCCGUCCAAUGCAGCAGUCAAAGCAUGA